AUGAUAUUCCGCAGUGUUGCCAAAGUGCAGAAAUGUACUGCUGAAAUGCAUGAUAUAAACAUUAUAAGUGGGCAAAGAAUUAUUAAUGAGGGCUAUAUCACAGUGGUGGUGUUCUCGUAUCAGGAGGUGGGACCAGGUGUUUACGACUGUUGGGCGACCUUCGUCAAGCCCUGGGGAGAGCGAACGUAUGUCACGUGGUACAGCGUCUCCGUGUUCAUAGUGCCACUGAGCGUUCUGGCGGCGACGUACUCCAGCAUCUGCCGGGAAAUUUGGUUGCACGCAGGCCGCAGUCCGCAGAGCCAGGAGGGAAAUUGCAGUCCGCUCAUAUCACGCGCCAAGAUGAACACUGUGAAACAGAUGGUUGCCGUCCUGGCGCUCUACGUCGUCUGUUCUGCUCCAUUUAUCAGUGCGCAACUCUGGGCCACCUGGGACACACAAGCGCACACAAAACCUUUCUUCACAGGGGCCACGUUCACAAUUCUGACUCUCCUGUCGAGUCUCAACAGUUGUGUGAACCCUUGGAUUUACCUGGCUUUCAACAGAGAACUGGUACGCCUUCUCAAACAACAACUGACCUGCAGAGGACGUGAGACAUCGAGCUACCGCGGUGCGUCCGGAGGCAGUGGUUCAUCCACCGGAACGCCCGGAGACACCGGAGUUUACAAGAGAAAGAGUUUCACCAAACAUGGCAAUUCAGUCGUUGUUACAAAGACGACGUUUAUUGAAGAUAAUUCCUGUCGUGGGGUGCCAUCUUCAGGGAGUCGCUGUUCGGUUGACACUAUAAGGGAAAGGCGUUCAUCGGGACAACGUCGUAUAUCUCAACUUGCCAACUCACUGUUUGUCAGGAACUCGGCACUUUCUGUGGCAGCAUCAACUUGUUGUCGAGCUGAAUCUGAAGACAGUGACGUACACAAGAACACUUUUAGGUAUGACACUGCAGGGCCUUACAGAGGGCUCAAUAGAGCAGGUGCUAUUAGGAAGAAGUCUAAUGUUGAAGCCAGCAAUAUUCAGCCUGGUUUUGAAAGUGUUGCCAACGAAAGAAAAUAUUACGCGUAUUCGCUUACUCCUAAGAAGGAGGGAAAUUCAUUGUCUGGAAACAGAAUAAUAAAAAUUGGUGAUCCUGCGAAAGUUGGUGUUACAAAUCAGGUUAUGGCGCUGCUCCACAACGAACCGGAAGUUGGACGUCGGAUGCAAGUUCAGUUCUGACAAAGAGCAAACUAUGUACCUCAGGAAAUAAAUUUCUCUGUUACCACGUUUCUAUAAAUUCUGUGCUGACGACAACCAAUACUUAUUCAGUUUAUUUUAUUUGUAGUGUUGUGUCUGACGACA